UGGUAGAGCUGCCUUUGCCGUGUGGAAACCUCCUAUCACUUUUUUGCUAUAAAAACCAAACCCCGUAAGCCCAAUAUUCACAUAGCUACAACAAAGUUUUCAAUUCAUCGCAGAGAAAAGAGAUUCAUUCGUUCCUAGCACACAACACCGUUUCAAGAUGCAAAUCUUUGUCAAGACCCUCACUGGUAAGACCAUUACUCUUGAAGUUGAGAGUUCCGAUACCAUAGACAAUGUUAAGGCCAAAAUUCAAGAUAAGGAAGGGAUCCCACCGGACCAGCAGCGUCUGAUUUUUGCUGGAAAGCAGCUGGAGGAUGGGCGUACCCUUGCCGAUUACAACAUCCAAAAGGAGUCCACCCUCCAUUUGGUGCUCCGUCUCCGUGGUGGUAUGCAGAUCUUUGUUAAGACCCUCACUGGAAAGACCAUCACCCUUGAGGUGGAGAGUUCUGACACCAUAGACAAUGUCAAGGCCAAGAUUCAAGACAAAGAGGGAAUCCCACCAGACCAGCAAAGGUUGAUUUUUGCUGGAAAGCAGCUCGAAGAUGGCAGGACCUUAGCUGAUUACAACAUCCAGAAAGAAUCCACUCUUCAUCUUGUCUUGCGACUUCGUGGUGGUAUGCAGAUUUUUGUGAAGACCCUUACUGGCAAGACUAUUACUUUGGAGGUUGAGAGCUCAGACACUAUUGACAAUGUGAAAGCUAAGAUUCAGGACAAGGAGGGUAUCCCCCCAGACCAGCAAAGGUUGAUCUUUGCUGGAAAGCAGCUCGAAGAUGGGCGAACUUUGGCCGAUUACAACAUCCAGAAGGAAUCCACCCUUCAUCUUGUCCUUCGUUUGAGGGGAGGUAUGCAGAUCUUUGUGAAGACAUUGACAGGGAAGACCAUUACUUUGGAGGUUGAGAGCUCAGACACCAUUGACAACGUGAAGGCUAAGAUACAAGACAAAGAGGGUAUCCCUCCAGACCAGCAGAGGCUCAUUUUUGCUGGAAAGCAACUUGAAGAUGGCCGUACUUUGGCCGAUUAUAACAUCCAGAAGGAAUCCACCCUUCAUCUUGUCCUUCGUUUGAGGGGAGGCAUGCAGAUCUUUGUGAAGACGUUGACAGGGAAGACCAUUACUUUGGAGGUAGAAAGUUCUGAUACAAUCGAUAAUGUCAAGGCAAAAAUACAGGACAAGGAAGGAAUCCCACCAGAUCAGCAGAGGUUGAUCUUUGCUGGGAAGCAAUUGGAGGAUGGAAGGACCCUUGCUGACUACAACAUUCAGAAGGAGUCUACUCUUCACCUUGUGUUGCGCCUUCGUGGUGGGUUUCUACAACAAAGUUUUCGUUUCAUCGCCGAGAGAAGAUAUUCAUUCGUACCCACCACACAACACCGUUUCAAGAUGCAAAUCUUCGUUAAGACCCUCACUGGCAAGACCAUCACUCUUGAAGUUGAGAGUUCAGAUACCAUAGACAAUGUUAAGGCCAAGAUUCAAGAUAAGGAAGGGAUCCCACCAGACCAGCAGCGUCUGAUUUUUGCUGGAAAGCAGCUGGAGGACGGGCGUACCCUUGCCGAUUACAACAUCCAAAAGGAGUCAACCCUUCAUUUGGUGCUCCGUCUCCGUGGUGGUAUGCAGAUCUUUGUUAAGACCCUCACUGGAAAGACCAUCACCCUUGAGGUGGAGAGUUCUGACACCAUAGACAAUGUCAAGGCCAAGAUUCAAGACAAAGAGGGAAUCCCACCAGACCAGCAAAGGUUGAUUUUUGCUGGAAAGCAGCUCGAAGAUGGCAGGACCUUAGCUGAUUACAACAUCCAGAAAGAAUCCACUCUUCAUCUUGUCUUGCGACUUCGUGGAGGUAUGCAGAUUUUUGUGAAGACUCUUACUGGCAAGACAAUAACUUUGGAGGUUGAGAGCUCAGACACUAUUGACAAUGUUAAGGCUAAGAUUCAGGACAAGGAGGGUAUCCCCCCAGACCAGCAAAGGUUGAUCUUUGCUGGAAAGCAGCUCGAAGAUGGGCGAACUUUGGCCGAUUACAACAUCCAGAAGGAAUCCACCCUUCAUCUUGUCCUUCGGUUGAGGGGAGGUAUGCAGAUCUUUGUGAAGACAUUGACAGGGAAGACCAUUACUUUGGAGGUUGAGAGCUCAGACACCAUUGACAAUGUAAAAGCUAAGAUUCAGGACAAGGAGGGCAUUCCUCCAGACCAGCAAAGGUUGAUUUUUGCUGGAAAGCAGCUUGAAGAUGGCAGAACCUUGGCUGAUUAUAACAUCCAGAAGGAAUCCACCCUUCAUCUUGUCCUUCGUUUGAGGGGAGGUAUGCAGAUCUUUGUGAAGACUUUGACUGGGAAGACCAUUACUUUGGAGGUAGAAAGUUCUGAUACAAUCGAUAAUGUCAAGGCAAAAAUACAGGACAAGGAAGGAAUCCCACCAGAUCAGCAGAGGUUGAUCUUUGCUGGGAAGCAAUUGGAGGAUGGAAGGACCCUUGCUGACUACAACAUUCAGAAGGAAUCUACUCUUCAUCUUGUGUUGCGCCUUCGUGGUGGAUUUUAAGUAUAUGAAGGUUGCAUAGUUGGUCUUUUUAAUAUGUGGAAGUCAUUGCAGUUCUUUUGUUUUUAAUGUUUCUAAACUUUUUAUCGCAUGGGUCUUGAUCACGCCUUAAACUUUUAGUUUGAUGUGAUAUUUGUAUAAUUGUGUCUUGCAGUUAACUUCAUGAAUAUGAAAUAUUUGCUAUCAA